GGAACGCCUUGUCAAAUUUGUAAAAGCGAAAAGUUUGUGUAAACCCGUGUUGGAUCGGCCAUGCAUUCUAUUUUAUGUCGAAAUCUCCAAGCCGUUUGCCGUAGAAGUAUAAGCAUGAGUAGCACAGGGGCUGUUAGUCGAAGCCUGGAUGGUAAAGUGGCCAUUGUGACGGCCUCUACUGAUGGAAUCGGCCUGGCCAUAGCACAGCAACUUGGUAAAGAUGGGGCUAAGGUUGUCGUUAGCAGCCGUAAACAAGAUAAUGUCAUCAAAGCUGCAAAUUUCCUGGAAAAUGCGGGUAUUGACGUAAUGGGUGUCAUGUGCCAUGUUGGGAAACCAGAGCAUCGGCAAAACCUGAUAAAUAGGACUAUAAAUCACUUUGGUGGCAUUGAUAUAUUAGUGUCAAAUGCAGCAACCAACCCAGUCUUUGGGCCUUUAUUACAGACUACUGAAGAUGCAUGGGAUAAGAUAUUUGAAGUAAAUGUCAAAGCAAGUUUUCUCCUCAGUAAAGAUGUGAUUCCACACAUGGAAAAAAGGGGUGGUGGGAACAUAGUGUAUAUAUCUUCUAUAGGUGGAUAUCAACCAUUACAGGGACUUGGUGCAUACUCUAUAAGCAAGACCACACUGCUUGGUCUGACCAAGGCGCUAGCGGAUGAGUGUGCUGAUAUCGGAAUUAGGGUCAACUGCGUGGCACCAGGGGUCAUUAAAACAAGAUUCAGUGCAGCGCUCUGGAAAAAUGAGGCAAUGCAUCAAAAAGUUAAAGAAAGAAUCCCCAUGAAACGGCUAGGUACAUCAGAGGAAAUUGGAGGAGCAGUGUCCUUCCUCUGUUCAGAUCAAGCUUCAUACAUCACAGGAGAAACAAUAGUGAUUGGUGGCGGCAUGACUGCAAGGCUUUGAGGAAUAGUGCAGGGUUAUGGAUUCAGUGAAACCUCGAUUUUAUAUUGCCUCAGGGGAAUAGAUGUAUUUUUUAAUCAGUGCGAUGAGUUUAAUCAGGUUGGUGUGUGCAACCUGAACAGAGUUUUAGGAAAGUCAUUUAUCAUAAGAAAGUCAUAGUUUGGGCCGACAACAUGAACUCCAUUUCUAAGAGCAUUCUGUCAUGCUCUGACAUGCUAUCGAGCAUUUCUUUGCCUCAGUGGUUGGAUAGUGAGGCUCAUACCAACUAGCAAAUUGUAUAUUUCUCACAUCAUAUUGAUGGAACUAGAUAACUUCUGAAAAUGACAGUGUAUCCAAAAUAAUAUUUUAGAAAGAAGAACAAAGAAUCAAUGACAUCUUUAAGAUCGGGAUAAAAUCGAAGUUUCACUAUAGCUCUAUAUGUAAAAGAAGAAGAUGUAUUCAGAAUUGUGUGGGCCAAACGUUUUUUUUCUCUAGGUCACUUUACAAUUGUAGGAACCAGGAAUAUUAUAAUGGGUCAAACUUUUCUUACUCUUAGAAUUACUCUAGAAGGUGCAUGCCCACAUUCUUAAGAAUUCUUUUAGAGUAUAAUACAUAUUAUCAUUUCUUGUAAUCCUAUGUGAAUAGCUAGAAGAGGCUAAGAUACAAUAUCUUCCACCCUGUCGAUAACAGGCCCAUAACCAGGAGAUCCAUUCUCAAAUAUUCAGGAUGCCAUUUACAUUUUUCUUAGGUAUCUAUUUUUUCAUCGAGGGGUUCAUUUUCAGUGCACAUACAGAUAGGUUUGAGCUGAGAAUAGGUUAUUAUGUGAAGAAAUCCAUGUAUCCCCUUUAUCUUUUUUAAAAGUUAUUUGCUCUUGAUCCCUCUCUCCCAUACUGGAACUUCUGGACAUGCCCCUGGAAAAGACCUCCCAGGCCCUAGCUAUGGGUUUGUAUACAAUAUGCUUUUUAUAACAGAAGCCAUCAAUUUUAUCUUUUUUUUAUAAAAGAAAGUUGUCAGUAUUGUGAUAGGGGUUAUUAGUGGACACCAG